AUGUGGGUUUUUGUCGCACUAUUCGUCAUGGCGGCGAUCACUAUGGCUCAGCAGCCGACGACGAUACCCAGACUUCCAAAGGAUAUACCGCCUGGUUUUGGAGAAGUUCUUCCUGUUGAUAUAGUUCAACGACUGAAAAACAUUCACGAGAAUAGCGCUUUAACAGCUGAGCAACAGCAUCAGCAGAUUGACGAAGUUAUGACUUCACUACCAGAAGAACUACUCAACCGAUUACCGCCACCGCCAGGAUUCGAUCGUCUACCGCUUCCGAUCCGUGACGAAUUGAAGAGGAUUCAUCGCGACAAGGUGUCAACUUCCACUUUUUAA